AUGUCUCGUAACAGUUCUAGCAGCAUGUUCGGUGGGGCAGGAGGUCGGGGUGCCAGGGCAUCUGUCUCCAGUCUUCAGGGUCUGAGAAACGCUCUUCGACCCGACAGCGAGCAGCAGCCUUUACAAAGCGCGCCCCCUGCUCCAGUUCAAGCAGAUGAUAAGAAGACCAUGGAGGGUCUAAAUCAGCGACUCUCCGGCUACCUGGACAAAGUGAAAAAACUUGAGACUUCUAAUCAAGAGAUGAAGGAUCAGAUGAAGGAUCUGCAGGAGAAGAUGGCUCAGACCACCGACCAUGACUGGGACGAAAUCGAAAAACCACUGGAUGAGCUCAGGGAAGAGAUCCAUAAAAAGACAAUUGAGAAUGCACAACUUCUGUUGCAAGUAGACUCCACCAAAUUGGCAAAUGAUGACUACAAAAACAAGUUAAAGGCAGAACAAGAUGCUCGGCAGAACUUGGAGCAUGACCUGGCAGAACUGCGACAAGCCAUUGACAACAUGCAGAUGGAACGCUUUAACCUUGAAAGCCAGAUUGAGUCUGCGAAGGAGGAAUUGGCUUAUCUCAAGAAAAAUCAUUAUGAUGAUAUUACUGAGCUAAAGGAGAAAAUCAAGGACUCUAAUGUAAAAGUCGAAGUAGACUCUCCCCAGUCCAACCUGAGUGAGACUAUUAACAAGAUUCGCAUGCAGUAUGAAAAACUUGCACAGAAGAACUAUGAGGAGAUCAAUGAAUGGUACCAAACCAAGUUUGAAAGCAUAAAUGUGGAGCUGACAAAGAACACAGAGACCCUGCAGAGUAGCAGGACUGACAUUUGUGAGCUUCGCAGACAGAAAAACAUGCAAGAAAUUGAAUUUCAGACUAUCCACAAUACGAUCAUGUCUUUGGAGGAGACAUUGGAAAACACACAAGGUCAGUACACUCAGCAACUGGUCCGUCAAAACCUCAUAAUUCAGCAGCUGGAGGCUGAGCUAAGCAAGGUACAAGGCCAGGUGAAGAAACAGUCUGAAGACUAUCAGACCCUCCUCAACAUCAAGAUGGAGCUGGAAGCUGAGAUUAAAAGCUAUCGCCAGCUUAUGGGAGGACUGGACAACAGUGUGGACUUCACUUUGGAACAGGCUUUGCAGAGCAAUGUCCUUUUCAGUCCUGUGGUGUGUGAUGGAGGCCACAGCUCUAGGAAAAAAGCUGUUCCUUAG